GUUGACACAGGAAUGAAUGCAACAUACGGAUUUCUACACACAUUGUGAAUCACAACUGGUGUCCUUCUACAGUGCAAGAGGAAGUCGAGAGGACUGGCACGUUGAUCACAAACCUGUUCAGCUUGAAGUAAUCUCUAAAGCGACCUGUGUGCAACUUUGAGGCAAGAGCAACCAGGCCUUCGAGACAAACCACCUGGCUUGGAGCCCAGUGUAACAGCCUGAGGGUCUGCUACAGUGAUCUCAAUAUGUCCGACAAAGCAAGCAAGAAAUCCAGAUUCGACUCAACAUAUUGGCGCAAAGAAGGCAACAAACACUAUGGCAACGCAUCAGAAGACAUCACUCCACCAAUCAGACGGGAGAAGCUCUUAACUGCGCUGAAGUGUUACUAUAGUGCUGAAAAGGAGGCCACAGAUUCUGAUGAAAUGGCAUCGGCAAGAAAGAAUAUUGGGAUGGCUUCUUGGAGGGUCGCAACAUUGAGUGUAACUCUGAACGAGAAGGAAGCUUUGUGUUUAUUCUACUAUAAACAGGCAGUUAGCUUCCUGGAGAAGGCCCACCUUGAUGGUACAGAGAAGUCUGUUGAAUGGAGAUUUCUCGUGACUGGUCACAUGGAGGAUUGUCUAGAAGAGGCAAAGGACUACAGUUAUGAUCUGGAGUUUAUUCCUAAGAUUCAGGCGCUGGAGGACUUGGCAGGUAUUAUCAGCUCUAGAGAAAUGAAGGCAGAGAUAUACCUCAGGAUUGCAAAUAUUAUGUUCCACAAAUCAGUGGUCAAACUGACAGAUGGCGCAUUCAGAGAUUCCCUAGCUAUCCUAGGUGACUGUUACAGACCAGUGCAGGAAGCAAAAAAGUUUGGAACGGGAACAUCAGAUGCUAAAUUUAACACUGAUCUGCGAGUUCUUGAAGCAGAUAUCCAUAUGCACCAAUGUAUCUCAGAGUCCUGCCAGGCACAGUAUACAGGUGAUGAGCUUUUCAGACACAUAACUCUUGAUGAAGAGGAGGUCAAUAUUGAUAUGGUCUGGGAAGUAGUGGAUUGGUACAAGAAAUCUAUUCUUCAAACCCGUGAGAUUGACUUGGAAAGAGAAGCCAUUGCACUCAGCAAACUUGGCAAUGUUUACGAUCGUGUCUUGAAGUUGAAAAGUUACGCUAAAAGGAACUAUAUGCGAUGCAUGGAACUUGUCAACACCCUACACCCAAGGACGUUUUAUGGUCAAGUAUGGUUUAGAGACUGUACGCGAGCUCUGGAGAGGUACCAACAAGAAGUGGCUGAGCAGGACAAAAUUGAAUAUCAGAAACGAAAAGAGAAAUUCCAUGACGUCCUCAAAGCUGAACUUACAGAACUCGAAGAAUGGAAGAAACAACUUGAUUGUAGGGGAAAAGGGGUGAGAGCCUUCCUAAAAUUCCUUUAUCAACGGUUUCCUCUGAAGGACGCCAGAAAAAAACUACCAGAGGAUAUUGACACAGUUGAAUAUUCUAGGAUCAAGAAAAUUGCUCAGAAAGCAAUAUUGCACUACCAUCCCGACAAGGUAGAUGUAGAAACUGAUGGGGAAAAGGUCAAAUUUCUCCAUGAGGAAAUCACAAAGAUUCUCAAUGGCGAGUAUGACAAUCUCAAGAUGGGCCCUGUGGACUAAGGAAUUAUUCAUGUGUGUAUUGUACAUACUCCAUGUGUGUAUUGUACAUACGCCAUGUGUGCAUUGUACAUACUCCAUGUGUGUAUUGUACAUACUUCAUGUGUAAUGUACAUACUUCAUGUGUGUAUUGCAGUUCCAUAUGCAUACUCCAUGUGGUAUUGUACAUACUCCAUGUACAUAUGUAUAUAUUGUACAUACUCCAACUGUGUAUUGUACAUGCUCCAUGUGUGCAUUGUACAUACUCCAUGUGUGCAUUGUACAUACUCCAUAUGUGUAUCUGAGUUAUAGUUGGACACCAUAAAGUUUUAAAUGCAUGCUUGUAGUUAUCUGUGUAUUACCGUAUAGCCAAAAUGAGCCAGCAUAAAGAUUAGAGCAUGAAUAGUACAUACAAUUAUUACUUGGAAUCUCAAAAACUUAAGCAUCAAGUUUAUUCUUUCAUAUUUUAUCAAGAUCUUUUAUUUUGAUUAAGUUAGUUAUAUAUGUAGUGUAGACUCAUAUACGUAAGAGGAUAUGGGAUUUAUCUUGAAGAAGAUUUACAAUAACACUCUUGUACUGAGAUUAAUAGGAAUACUUAUUUUCUGAAGGAUAAAUCUCAUAUCCAAGCCCAACAAUCACAUUUAUGUACCUUGUAAAUAAUUCCAACUCUGUACAUGUAGUUCUAGUUUUCCCUAACAUAUUAAUUCUACCAUACAUUCUACAAGUUAUGUAAAAAGUAAGGUUUAAUCCAUAGGGACUUUCCGACCAAAAGAUGACAGUAUUGGUCUCUGUAUCUUAAGACCACAAUCCUCUGCUGCCGUCUUUCUGUUGACCUAGCCCAUGAGGUAACAUAUAUCUCAGGCCCAUAGCCAGGAUUUGCCAAGUUUGUUCAGUUUUCAAAAAUUUCCAGGGUGGGGUUCACAUUUGACAAUUUUGGCUCAAAUAUCAUUAUGGCUAAAAUCACUUGAGAAGUGCUCAAAAUGAUGGAAAACGACAUGAUUUUGAAAGAAUUUU